ACACAAAUUUCGAAACACGACUCUUGGACUCGAGAAAACAGAGGAUAGGAGCAUGUAGAACGGAUCCGGUUCAAGCAAGGCAAAUUACAUGACUUUGACUUUCGAGGAAGAGUCACUUCCGGCCUAAUCAGUCGCAGAAAAAGGAGCUGUAUUUGAUGGUGCAGCAAUCGCAGACGUCGAGAAUGGAAGCGCUGAAACGAAAGUUAACUAAUUCUAGGAGGCGAGAGAUUGGUAACAGUACGAGUACGAUGCCCGAGCAGCGAGAAGUAGAAGCUCAGGCCCAGGAACCGGCAGGGGAUGCUGGGAAGUUGGUGUUUUUCGGCGAGAAGGCGUUCGAAUUGGAGGAUUUCUUGAGGGCCAUUACGAAGUCGGAGGCUCUGGGAAAAGGGAAGUCAGGGACGGCCCGCAAAUUAGUUCUGGAGUCUGGGUCCAGGGUGGUCGUGAAGACUCUUGGUCUUGGGCAUGUGAACGUUGAUGCCAGGGACGAACUCAAGGAGAGGAUAGAAGCUAUUGGCGCAAUGGAUCACAAGAAUCUACUCCCUCUGAGGGCAUACUACUCUGAAUCUGGGGAAGAAAUGCUUCUGGUGUAUGAUCUAAUGCUUGCGGGAAGCUUGCGCGGAUUUUUACAUGUAAAAGAACCAAAUCGGGCAAAAUUGGACGUGGAGCUAAAUCCGGCAAACAGAUGGGAAAUCAAGUACCGCAUUGCCCUUGGAGCCGCCCGGGCCAUAGAGUAUAUACAUGCUCGAGGCCCCAAAGUCUGCCAUGGAAACAUCAAAUCAUCCAAUAUCCUCCUCAGCUCAUCAUCCUUACGUGAAUUAGAUGCGCUAGUCUCUGAUUACUACCUGACCCCUUCCCCCGCAACCGACCCCCAGAAAGCAGAUGUCUAUAGCUUCGGGAUUUUGCUUCUAGAGCUUGUAACUGGGCGCAUUCCAGAAGGAGGUUAUCAUAGGGUGCCUGCCGGUCCUCAAAGUGCCAAUCUUCGCCUCCAGUCUGGUGUUCACGAGCAGUGGAGGUUUGAGGUUUCUGAUCACGAUCUCCUAAAGUACCAGGAUGAUAAGGAGGAGACUGAUGUGCUGUUCCAGGUGGCAAUGUCAUGUGCAGCCCUGGAUCCAGAUAUGCGCCCUCCGAUGUCUGAUGUACGGAGGAUGAUUGAAGACCUGCGUUUUUCUGGCGUACGGAAGAAUGGGGCCUCACGGUCAAGACCACAACUGCAGCCCGACCAGGUCGAUGAAGUAAGCGAGCAUAUGUCUGCUGCAAGGAAUAAGCCAGAUGAGCUGUUGGAAGUUUCUGAAAGAGGAUAUGCCCCCUCUGCACAGGGUCCAAACAUUGAUCCACAACAUGGCCCCACAUUGGAUGGGUAUGGUCAGCCAUCUCUACUGUCCGAUCACACAUCUUCUUUUCCUGGACAAGUCUAUUCAUCAUUAUUGCCUCCUCCUCCUCCUCCUCCUCCUCCUCCUGCGGUUUCAUCAACUUCUGCAACGUUGUUCGGCAUAAAUUCACCGAAAUAUUCUUCCACUUCCCCUCCUAGUUCCCCUUCUCCUCUUAAUGUCCCACCAUUGCUGGAGUCAACUUUGCUUAAUGAGAAAAAAGAGAUUAAUCCACAAAAUGAUAAGUUGGUCUUCUUAGGCAAUCCACUGAUGUCGUUUAGUUUCGAGGAGUUUUUGAAUGCUAAUGCGGAGGUUCUUGGGGAAGGGAGCAUCGGGACAUCUUACAAGGUAGUUUUGAAGGAAGGGACAACGGUGGUGGUGAAGAAGCUAAGGGAUUUGGCUUCAUCUACAGAGCAAUAUAAGGAGCAGAUGGAAAUGCUUGGAGCAAUGGAUCACGAGAACAUAAUUCCUUUGAGGGGGUACCAGGGAAAGUCACUGUUGUAUGAUUACUUGCCCAUGGGAAGUUUAUCUGCACUUCUACAUGGAUUCAGAGAAACAGGAAUGAGCCCGCUAAGCUGGGAAAUUAGGCGUGCCAUUGCACUUGGAGCUGCCCGGGGAAUAGAGUACCUACAUUCUCAAGGUCCCAAUGUCUACCAUGGAAGCAUCAAGUCAUCCAAUGUCCUCCUCACGGCAACAUAUGAUGCACAGGUUUCAGAUUAUGGCCUGAACCAACUCAAGACACCUUCCAUUCACCCUGCAUCAGAGGUCGCUGACUGCCAAAAGGCAGAUGUGUAUAGCUUUGGGGUGUUGCUUCUGGAGCUUCUGCUUGGGAAAGCACCUACUAAUAGUUGCAAUCUUCCCAGCUGGGUCCAUAGCACGAUUCAAGAGGAGCUGGAUGGGACGAUUGAUGUUUUCGAUCCCGAGCUCCUAUCAUACCAGCAUGUAGAGGAAUUAACAGGGCUGCUGCAGCUGGCAAUGGUUUGUGUAGCCCAAUGUCCUGGUAUGCUCCCUCCAAUGUCUGAAGUGCGGAGGAUGAUUGAGGAGUUGUUUAUUCCUAGUGUUCUGAGUGACUGGGACUUGCAGCCUGACCAAAUCAAUGAAUUGAACCAUGACACGUCCACGUGGAAACUGCCAGAUGAAGCUUUGAGUGUUUCCGAAAAUGCUUAUGUGUCUGACAAAGCAUUCAUGUGGGCGAAUAUUCUGAUGCUUGACUUUGAAACUGAGCUAUUUGGGAUCUGCAAGGAAUUUGGGGCAGAGAUUACUUCCUUGCAAAUGGAUGCUGCUACUUCUGCCGCUCCGGUUGAUUUUCCCAAUGAUGAGGAGGAAAAAGAGAAUCAAAUAGCAGAAAGAACAAAGAAGAUUGAACUCCAAGAACCGCAGGCCGGAGACCAAGCAGCCUACUCUAUUAUACCUUCUAGAGAUGCUAAUAUGAGUAUUAAAAAGAACGAAGCUCAAGAACUGCCUGUACAGUCCAAUACUGGGUCAACCUCAAUUCUGCCACUAAUGCCACCUCCCAAGUUAGAAGCAGCAGUUCAUUCAGCUGAGGAUGGAUCUUUGGCUAGUUCUGGCACACCUUCAGAAUCAGCAUGCCCUUCACUGAAUCAAAACUCCGAUUCACAAUGUGGCAUCACAUUGGACAGGAAUGGUCAGUCCUCCAAAUUGUCCAACCUCACAUGUUCCUUGUUGUCUUCAUCAGGACAAUUUCAGUCAUCAUUAAUUACUCUUCCUCGUCCUCCUCCUCUCCCUCAAUCCUCUGGGGCAUCAUCAUCAAAUGCUAUUUCGUCUGAUCCCCCAGCCAGUGCCCCUUCUCCAACCCCGCUUGUUUCAACUCUGCUAAAUGAAGAAGAAGUGCUCGACCUACCAAAUGAUUAUGUUGUCUUUUCUGCUUCAGGGGCUCAGAUGGAACAAUUGGUGCCUUCUUUCCAACAGUAUCAAUAUGCAAGUUUCGCGAGAAUGAUCAUUAAACCACCAAAACUGCAGGCCGUCAAACAGCAACUAUCCACUUCUUUGGCAAUGUCUCAAGAUAUCAUCUCAGGUGUGAAGACAGAGUUUCCAAACGGGGAAGAAGGAAUAGCACCUGUAUCAGAAAAGGAAUUUGAGGUCAAUUCUAUUGGUGGCUGUGCAUCCCUAUUGCCCAGAAACAACAGUAAUGUUGAAGCCACUGCUACUACACAUAACCCAGCACAGGUUCCAGAAACAAUGUUGCUGCAUCUGGAAGAACCAUUCCGGAUGGAAGACUCACCAUCAUCAACCUCCAUGUCAUCUGGAUAUGACUACGACGUUUUCUUGAGUUUUAGAGGGCCCGAUACUCGAUCAGGCAUUGUUGAUUUCCUCUAUACCAGCUUAUUAGCUGCUGGUAUCCACACAUAUAGAGACAAUGAAGAACUAAGAGUAGGAGAUGAGAUUGGUCCUGGGUUACAAAAAGCGAUCUGCCAUUCACAAAUUUCAAUUCCCAUCUUUUCCAAGGGCUAUGCCUCUAGCAAAUGGUGUCUGAAUGAGUUGGUCCAAAUGGUGGAGUGUAGGAAAACAAGGAGACAGAAGAUCAUGCCCAUUUUCUACAAUGUUACACCAUCUGAGGUCCGUCAUCAAACUGGGUUUUACGGAGAGGCCUUUGCUUCGCAUGAGAAACGAUUUGACAAUAAGGUUAUUAGCAAGUGGAAGGCUGCUCUCAAGGAGGCUGGCGAGCUAAAGGGAUGGAACAGUGAUCGGGCGACCAAUAGACACGAAGGAGAGCUCGUAAAACUGAUUGUCCAUAAGGUUGUGGAUGAGUUGAAAAAGGCUUAUUUGCUAGUGACCGACUGCUUGGUCGGAGUUGAAAAUCAUGUGAAAGAAAUCAAUAGAAUGAUGUGUGGAGAUUCAGAGGACACACGGAUUCUUGGGAUCUAUGGUUUGGGGGGUGUAGGGAAGACUACUCUUGCCAAAAUCAUCUACAACCAACUAUCCCAUCGUUUUGAAGAUUGUUGCUUUCUUUCUGCUAUCAAGGAAACUUCAGAGCUGAAGGGCAUCGAAUGUUUGCAAAAUCAGCUAAUCUCCAAUAUCCUCAAAAGAAACUGGACUACUAUCAGUAAUGUGGAUGAAGGAAUGAAGACAAUUAGAGAAAGGUUGUCUUGCAAAAAGGUUCUUGUUCUACUCGAUGAUGUUGACAAAAGGACUCAUUUGAAUUCACUUAUGGGAAAGCCCGCAUGGUUUGGUUUAGGAAGUAGGAUUAUUAUAACUAGCAGAAACAAGGAUAUUGUUGAUGUUCCUGAGGUUGCUUGUACUUAUGAGCUUGUGAGCAUGGACUUCAAUCAAUCUCUUCAACUUUUUUGCAAUCAUGCUUUUCGAAGUGAUUAUCCUCCGGAUGAAUAUGAUGCUUUCUCCUCAGAAGUAGUCAAAACUACAGGAGGUCUUCCUCUUGCUCUUGAGGUAAUAGGUUCACAGCUAUCAGGCAAAAGCAAAGAUGUUUGGGAUGUUACAUUGAAGAAGUUGAGAAAAGUUCCCCAUGAGGAAGUCAAGAGAAAGCUGAAAAUAAGUUAUGAUGCUUUGGAUGAUUCGCAAAAACAUAUCUUCCUGGAUAUUGCUUGUCUCUUUGUUGGAUUUGAUAUAAGGAUUGUAAUUCACAUGUGGAACGAAACCAAUCUCUUCCCAGGUGAAGGCCUUCGUGUCCUUCAGCAGUUGUCUUUGAUAAAAAUUGGAGAAGAAAAUAAGCUGUGGAUGCACGAUCAGCUAAGAGACCUUGGUAGAGACAUUGUUCGUCGAGAAUGUAACAUGGAAUUGGAAAAACAGACCAGAUUGUGGGAUCAUGAGGAAGCUUUGGACAUUCUGAUGAAAAAGAAGGGAUCCAAAAAAAUUGAGGCUCUUGCCCUUAAGUUUGACAAUCAGUUGCAAUGCUAUUAUGCAAACCAAGAAUUUGAGAGGCUAUCAAAUCUAAAAUACCUUGAAAUGAGGGUCGUCCCGGAAAACUGGCCUUCAAAUGAUUUUGCAGCCAACAUACAAAAGCGUCCGCCUAUGCUUUCCAAGUUGAGAUGGCUUUCAUGGCAUCAAUUUCCUCUGGAUAUUAAACUGAUCAACCUUUCCAUGAUGAACAUAGUCAUUCUCGAUCUAUCAUGGAGUAAAUUUUCAGAAAGUUGGGAUGGUUGGACUCACAUCAAGAUGGCAGGGAAUUUGAAAGUUUUGAACUUGACUGGUUGUGCACACUUGCAUAGAACUCCGGACUUCUCGGCAAAUGUAAACUUAGAGCACUUAAUCCUCGAAAACUGUGCAAGGUUGGUCCAAAUUGACAUAUCUAUAGGGCAUUUGAAGCAGUUGGUUUUUUUGAACUUGAGGUUUUGCAUUAAACUCCGCAAGUUGCCAGAAGAGAUAUGUAACCUAGAAUCUCUAAAAGAACUUCUCAUUGACGGGACUUCUAUAAGAGAGAUUCCAGAAUGGAGAGGGAUGAAAACGCUGGAAACUCUCAGUGCUUGUGAAUGUCUAUCACUAAACAAUUGCAGAUCAAUUGGUAACUUAACGUCGAUAUUGAGGCUUUCUUUGGAAAAUGUUGAAAUUACUCAACUUCCUCCAGAAAUUGGAGAGCUCGUGAAGCUUGAGCACUUGUCUUUAAGUAAGUGUAAGUUGCUAAGGAGACUUCCAGACUCGAUUGGUAAUUUGGAAUCACUAAUCCUGCUAAAUCUAUCUUACACGCAUGUUGAGGAGCUGCCUGAUUCACUCGGGAAGUUGAAGAAUUUGAAAGUUUUAAGGAUGUAUGGUAGCUCCAUAAGAAUCAUACCUAGUUCAGUUGGGAUGUUGGAGAAGCUGGAAGAGAUAGAUGCUGAGUUCUGUUGGCAUUUGAAGGGGGCAAUUCCUGAUGGUAUUGGGAGGUUAUUGUCUUUGAGGGUCUUGAAACUUUCAAGCACUAGAAUAUAUCAAGUACCAAGACUACCUGAAAGCCUGAUCAGUGUACAAAUUUCCACUCAAUCUAUGACGACACUUCCUGAUCUAUCAAACCUGAUAAAUUUAAUAGAUUUGGAUUUAGACAUUCGAGAAGUUCCAUUGGCCAAAGAGGAUUCUAUUUUUGUAGAAUCAUCUCAGCUUGUACAGUAUCCAUCACCAUGGUGGAUUGGACAGUUAUGCAAUCUUGAGUCUUUGAAGUUGUCAUGUGACACCAUAACUGCUCUCCAUAAAGAUAUCGGUCUUCUUUCUCAGCUUAAGAAACUUGAACUUCUUUGCUCUAACUUACAGUUCCUCCCUAGCCUUCCGUCAAAUUUAAGAUGCUUGGUGGUUAAAUCAUCUCAAUCAAUGGAAACAUCUAUAGAUCUAUCAGAAUUGAAGGAACUAUCAGAAUUGAGGAUUGAUUCUUCAGUAGUAACAGGUAUUCAAGGCCUUUAUGAUUUGGAGAAUCUCAAAAUUUUGAACUUUAGAGCACUCAAUUCACUUGAGAGAUUACCUGAUAUAUCGAACUUGAAGAAGCUCAGUGAGCUGCAUUUAGAAUACUGUCAUAAUCUGAUUGAUGUUCAAAGUAUUAGCGGCUUGGGGAAUCUCAGAACUUUGAAGCUUAUAGCAAUUCCAUUGCUGGAGAGAUUACCUGAUCUCUCAAACUUGAAGAAGCUCACUGAACUUCACCUUUGGGACUGCCAUGGUCUAACUGAAAUUCCAAGCUUUGAGGAUUUGGAGAAUUUGAUAAUGUUAAAGCUAGGUGAACUUCCUCUGCUUGAGAGAUUGCCAGAUUUAUCGAACUUGAAGAAGCUCACAAAACUACAUCUAGGACAGUGUCAAAAUCUCGUGGAGGUUCAAGGAAUACUGGAUUCAUUGGAAGACUUGUGCAUAGAAGGGUGCAAAUCUUUGGUUGAGGUGCCUGAUCCGUCAAGUUUCAAGAAACUGAAGUCUUUACACAUACGUGAUUGUGAGAAGUUACAUGUUGACAAGAUUCGCUUCUCGGACCUUGAGAUGCCUGACAGGGUGGCGCAUGAAAAUUCGACAUGCUUGAUACUGAAUAAAAUAGGCUUCUGUGUUUGUCAGCUGGGUAGGGAAUUUUUUUUGCCGUCUUUUUCAUCCUAACAGUGUACUUCCUGUCAUAAGUUAAUUUAAGCUUAUUGAGAGAAGUUGAUCAUCAUAAGAACUCA